AUGCGGCGUGAUAUGCCCCGCGACAUGCGGGUGCGAAUAUCGCGCAUGGGCGGAGCGCAAGGACCUGGAGCGCCCGGGGGAGCAGGAGAGUCGAGCAGCCAAUCAGACGCGGACGCGUGGCGGGAGCUGCUGCGGGGCGGGGAGGACGUGGCGCAAGUCAUGUCUGACAUGGCUAACAUCCUGGACGAGAUAUCGGGCCUGGAAGGGCGGGAGGAGGAGCUGGCAGUGCAGAUGGCAGCAGCGGCGGCCAUAGCGGGUCGGGUCAGCACGCUGGACCAGUCGUUCCUGGUGGCGCUUGAGUUCAUGAUGGGGCAGGCUGAUGCGAAUAAUGACUCCAAGGGUCGCUGGUUGCUGGAGGUGGUGAAGGAGCAGCUCCUGUCACAGCUGCAGCAGAAAAUGCCUCCCCAGGUGCAGGUGGUGUCCCUCCUUGUGGCCACAUCAGACAAGAACCGCCGGCAAGACAUCAUCACACGCGCGCUGGCAGGGGGCGGCAAGCUCCCUGCGGAGGCGAGUCCGGGCGGCAACAUGGGCGGCAUGGGCGGGAUGGAACCACCGGAGGUGCAAGUGCCGGGGGCCAGGCUGGAGGAAAUCGUUGCCCAGGCCGAUGACCUCGUUGCUUCAAUGGAGGAGCAGCUGCCCAUUCAGGACCCUUUCGUCUCCUCCAUACCCUCCCUUCCCCUCCAAUCUCCCCCGCCCCACCUCUACACACCCCAGUCAAUGGAGGAGCAGCUGCCCAUUCAGGACCCUUUCGUCUCCUCCAUACCCUCCCUUCCCCUCCAAUCUCCCCCGCCCCACCUCUACACACCCCAGUCAAUGGAGGAGCAGCUGCCCAUUCAGGACCCUUUCAUCUCCUCCAUACCCUCCCUUCCCCUCCAAUCUCCCCCGCCCCACCUCUACACACCCCAGUCAAUGGAGGAGCAGCUGCCCAUUCAGGACCCUUUCGUCUCCUCCAUACCCUCCCUUCCCCUCCAAUCUCCCCCGCCCCACCUCUACACACCCCAGUCAAUGGAGGAGCAGCUGCCCAUUCAGGACCGCCGCCUGUUGGCACGGCUGCUGCUGGCAAGGGAGGAGGCGCGGACUCUCAUGGCAGGGGGCGUUCAAGACCCUCGCAACGAUGUCCGCCGCUUAAAGAAUGUCCCCGAGGCGGAGGUACGGGGUGGGGGAGGAGGUAUGGUAUGGGGAGGAGGUACGGGGAGCAGGUAUGGGGAGGAGGUACGGGGAGCAGGUAUGGGGAGGAGGUACGGGGAGCAGGUAUGGGGAGGAGGUACGGGGAGAAGGUAUGGGGAGGAGGUACGGGGAGGAGUGCAGGAAGGAGGUGCGGGUAGGAGGUGGGCUGCGGAGGCCUUACUUCCAUCAACUCCUCAACAACAGUUGGGGUCUGCUGAUUUCCUGCCCUGUGUGCGUGCCUUCUGUAUGGGUUCCACACAGGUGCGGUUCAUAUCAACACUGGUGGCCAUGCGAUCUCCCGAUGCACUGAAGAACCGGAUAUUUGAUGUCAUGGAGGGGCGGCAGGAGGGCGAGUACAAGAAGGGCAGUGAUGGCCCCAUCAAGGUGGGCUGUGCUUUGUGUUGA